AACACAGAGAGAAAAAAGAGCAAACCACACAAUAUUCUCCCCUUCUCUCUCUUCUUCUUCGUCUUCUUCGUCUUCUUCUUUCGCUUUGAUAGAGAGAGUCUCUCUCUUUAAGCCCGAAGCACGAGCAUCCAUCCGUAACGAAAGAAGAAGACCUUCUUCACUCGUUCUCCUCUCUGUUUCAAAUUAGAAUUUGCCUUCGUGAGAUUCAACUUGGUGGAAGAAAAAGACAAGAGGAUCCGUCAGAUCUGUUCAUCUCCGGCGAGAAAACUCGAAUGGAAGAGGAGAUGAUGAAUCAUUGCUUAGAAGAGUCCAAGAAGAUGCGAACUAUUGAGUGGUCUUAAGCGGACAAAACAGUUCGUUCUAAAGCAGCAAAAAAACAAAAAGGUUCUUUUAUUUUUCUCUGUGAUGGAAGAGAUGACUCCAGCAGUUGCAGUGACUCUCAGCUUAGCUAACUCUAUAUGUGACUCAUCACCAGUCGACAUCACUCAGCUCAAGAACGUUACCGACGCAGCUGACUUGUUACCUGAUUCCACCAUGGAGGAACAACAACCCAAGAAAGGGUCCUGUGAUGGAAGUGUUGUGGAUGAAGACGUUGUGGAGGAUACUAGCGCUGUCAUAAGCGAAGGCUUACUAGUCGUUGACGCUGGAUCUGAACUAAGCUUGUCUAUGGAGAUAGAAAACGGGAGAGUUCUCGCUAAAGCCAUCAUCCUAGGGGAAUCAAGCAUCGAGCAGGUUCCUACAGCCCAAGUUCUCAUUCAGGACACUGAGAUAGAAGAUGGUUCUGGUGUGACAGCUUCAGAGGUUGUCAUUAGGUUGCCGGAAGAGAAUAAUAAUAACCACGUGGCGAGAGGGAGAAGCGUCUAUGAGCUAGAUUGUAUCCCUCUCUGGGGAACGGUUUCGAUUCAAGGUAAUAGAUCUGAGAUGGAGGAUGCUGUUGCCGUGCUGCCUCAUUUCUUGAAGUUACCUAUCAAAAUGCUGAUGGGAGAUCAUGAGGGUAUGAGUCCAAGCCUCACACAUCUCACUGGUCAUUUCUUCGGUGUUUAUGAUGGUCAUGGAGGCUAUCAGGUUGCUGACUACUGCCGAGAUAGACUCCAUUUUGCUUUAGCUGAAGAGAUAGAGUGCAUUAAAGACGAGUUGUGCAAGAGGAACACUGGAGAAGGUAGGCAGGUGCAGUGGGAGAAAGUCUUCACUAGCUGUUUUCUAACUGUUGACGGUGAGAUUGAAGGAAGAAUCGGUAGAGCUGCUGCUGUUGGUGGUUCUUCUGAUGUGGUUCUUGAAGCUGUUGCCUCCGAGACUGUUGGAUCAACAGCUGUGGUUGCUUUGGUUUGUUCAUCUCAUUUAGUGGUUUCUAACUGCGGUGAUUCCAGGGCGGUUUUGUACCGUGGCAAAGAAGCCAUGCCCUUAUCAGUUGAUCACAAACCAGAUAGAGAGGAUGAGUAUGCAAGAAUAGAGAACGCUGGUGGGAAAGUUAUACAGUGGCAAGGCGCUCGUGUGUUUGGUGUUCUCGCCAUGUCUAGGUCCCUUGGUGACAGAUACCUGAAGCCAUAUGUGAUCCCGGAACCUGAAGUGACGUUCAUGCCUAGGUCACGAGAAGAUGAUUGUCUAAUAAUAGCCAGUGAUGGUCUUUGGGACGUAAUGAGCAACCAAGAAGUCUGUGAAGUAGCGAGGAAACGGAUCUUGAUGUGGCACAAGAAGCACGGUGCACCUCCACUAAAGGAGAGAGGCAAAGGAACGGAUCCAGCUUGCCAAGCGGCGGCUGAGUACCUCUCGGUGCUUGCUCUUCAGAAAGGAAGCAAAGAUAACAUCUCCAUCAUUGUGGUUGACUUGAAAGCUCAAAGAAAGUUCAAGGCCAGAGCUUGAAUGAGGCUUGAUGAUGAUUACUUUUUUUCUUUUUUUACUGGGGUAAGUUUGCAGAAUCUUCUUAAUAUUUUAGAUCGUAAGAGAUCUAAUUUCGACAUGUUUUUACAUAUAAUUUACUCAAUAUUAUUAGAGUAAAGACUGAAGAAGAAGAAGAUGAUGAUGAUGCAUAGCUAAUUAUAAGUACAUUCCUUUUUUUCUCUAUGGAAAGUUGGACUCGUAUGUAUUAAGAAGAAAUAGGCCAAUAUAAUGUUGAUUUUCCUUCUUUCA